AUGAGGUUCAGGAAGAAGAAGAAGGCGAAGGACAAGGCUCAGAUCCUGGAGCAGAUCGUGAGCAGCAAGAAGCAGGAGGAGGAGAAGAAGCGCGGCCUGGACAAGCGGACCCCGGCGCAAGGGGCCUACGAGAAGAUGCAGGAGAAGCGGCAAAUGGAGAGGAUCCUGAAGAAAGCGUCUAAAACCCAUAAGCAGCGAGUGGAGGACUUCAACAGGCACUUGGAUACCCUGACUGAGCAUUACGACAUUCCUAAAGUCAGCUGGACAAAGUGA